UUAAUAACAGCGAAAAUAAUUGGCAAAAAUUCGAUGUCUUGCUUGACUGCAAAAAGCCAAAGAAAAAGCGAAACGUUUCAGUUAAUCGCUUGAUAUUCUGAACUCUCACGAGAUCUGCUCAUGACAGCUCAUAGUCCUGUGUGAGGUUCCACUAUAAUUGUUAAUGAGAAACAUCAGAUCUCCAGACGUGAUUGAGGACAUUAUGAAGUUAUUUGAUAAAAUGUUGCUUCAUCAAAUGAUCACAGAAAUAUCUGACACUUUUUCAAAAAUAUUUAUAUUUUGAAUAUUGUCAUUGUUGAUAAGCACCCAUUCUACACUUUUGUUUUUUUACUGCUUUUGUUGAGGAUAAUGUCGAGGCACACUCACAUGACGACCUCAGUGCAGGGCCACUUCCUGUAAUGAUUCACCAAGUGACACUGUCAAUGAGUGAGGGUCCUAUUCCAGUAUUUGUCACACAAGGACUGAAAAGCAGCCAAGGUGGUGUGACGCACGAGAUAUCCCCCAACUUGACCUAUAAGUGCAAGAAGACAAAACAGGCUAAAAAUCAGCCUUCAGAAUUUAUAGUCCCACUUGACAGUGAGGAGCCAGGGCUUCAUAUAAAUGGCUGACAAGCAAAUCAGUUUGCCUGCCAAAUUGAUCAAUGGGGGUGUCGCUGGUCUAAUUGGAGUCACCUGCGUGUUUCCCAUCGAUUUGGCCAAGACUCGCUUGCAAAACCAGCAAAAUGGAUCUCGCCUUUAUACCAGCAUGUCAGACUGCCUUAUCAAGACCAUCCGCUCAGAGGGAUACUUUGGGAUGUACAGGGGAGCGGCAGUGAAUUUAACACUGGUCACACCAGAGAAAGCCAUCAAAUUGGCCGCCAAUGACUUCUUCAGGCAUCACCUCUCCAAGGAUGGAAAGCUCACUUUGCCCAAAGAGAUGCUGGCUGGGUGCGGCGCAGGCACUUGCCAGGUUAUUGUCACUACUCCUAUGGAGAUGUUGAAAAUUCAGCUCCAAGACGCUGGACGUAUUGCGGCUCAGCGGAAGCUGAUGCCAGAGUCGGUGCCAGCAGGCACCGUGGAAGCCAAGUCGCCAACUGCCAUGCAGCUCACCAGACAAUUACUGAGUGAAAAAGGAAUUGCUGGAUUAUACAAGGGUCUCGGCGCCACAUUGCUCAGGGACGUUCCUUUCUCCAUCAUCUACUUCCCUCUUUUUGCUAACCUGAACAACUAUGGAAAGCGAGGCGCCGAAGGACCCGCUCCUUUUUACGUUUCCUUCAUAUCGGGCUGCUUAGCAGGGAGCACGGCGGCUGUGGCGGUCAACCCGGUCGACGUCAUAAAGACGAGACUUCAAUCUUUGAACCGGGGGAGCACGGAGGACACGUACAGCGGAGUGACUGACUGCAUCAGGAAAAUCUUGCGUAACGAGGGUCCGUCAGCAUUCCUAAAGGGAGCCUACUGUCGAGCCUUGGUGAUCGCGCCGCUCUUUGGCAUCGCCCAGGUGGUCUACUUCUUGGGCGUGGGCGAGUAUAUUCUCAGCUUCUUGCCCAAAAGGGACAACUAGGAAGCACAUCCUUCUCUGCCUUUCCUGCGUGAGCAGUCAUCUCAUUCUUACUGACCUUUAUGUUUGUAUUUUUAAUGAUCACGUGCUGCGUUUUAGUUCAAAUUUAUUGUCUCGAAUGUCCGAAUCAUGCAGGAGGGAACCUCCGUUUUGCUGCCAAGCUGCCUCUGUCGGCGCAUAUCAAUUCUGAAAUCAAGCCGCGAGCGUCAGCCUGAGUUUUUGAAGGAGGCUGAAUUUGGAAUUACACAAUAUGUCGUUUUAUAUUAUGAUUGUUGAAAUUUCGGGGUAGACUGCUUGCCCUUGGUUGCUGCAGAUUUGCAAGCUCCUCCUUACUUACUCCUCUCCAAAUCAAAUAGACUAGCGACACAUAAAAAAAUAGAAUUACCUUAAUGAUAAGCACACGUAUCGAGAUUUUUACUAACAAAGGCUCUUCAGGAUAUUUCCCAAUGCUCGUGUUUGAAAACAUAGCGCUGAAAAAUAUAAAGGGAACACUACAUGAAUGAAAGAUUCCACUGUAAAAACAUAUGUAUGUUGAAUUACAUAAAUUAAUGAAUUUUUUGACCGCCAAAUAACAUGAUAAACAUCCCUGGAAACUGAGAUCAUACACAAAAGUGGAAACACUCGAUCACAGGCUGAUCCAAGUUCAAUGUUUCCGUAACACACUCUUGACUAUGCUGCUGCUUACACAGCAUAUCCUCUGGCCAUGGCGAUUUUGCGUGGAGAAUCUGCACUGCCUGAGCGACUCGUGUGGGCUGCAGAUAAGGCCUCAGGUAUCUAUACUUGCGGUGAGAGCGCUGGAAGCAAAUGGGCAAAUAUCCCGUUAGCACAACAGCAGCGAAGACUGAUUUUCAAUCGUCAUGGCUCGCAGGUUCAUGUCCCUUAUGUGUGACUGACUUAGAUAAAAAUGUGUUCCCUUUUGCAUUAUUUUAAUUGUGUAGUGCAGGGAAUGUGUUGAUGUGAUACCAGCACACCCGAGAAGCCACGACCCUUAAACCAUACGACGACAUUACCUCUUUUUUUUUUUUUCUUUUUUUUUUUUUUUAAGUAGAUCAGAUUCCUACCGAUGCUUUCAUAGUGACUCUACUGCUCACCUUGUCUCAAAGAUCCUUCUGAGUAUCUGUCACUUAUCAUGCAAGGCAGUUUCUAAAUCAUUGUUUACAGAAUAGUUCAGUUGAUGUUGAUUUAUGAAACUUAUCCGAACUUGAAUGAACUGGCAGGGCCCAAAGAGCCAAUGACAAAGUUUUAUCAUGAAAUCCCGAAUCAAAACCAAUGUUUUGUUUUGUUUACGUGCUUGUUUGCUUUAAGCUGCCCGGGAAAGCAGCCUCGUUUUAUCUCAAUGUUUGCAUCGCACCUCCAAAACCCCUGCCGUUGUUUUAUCUAACCGGAGAUCAAGGUGACUUUAACGUCUUUUUAAUCCAAUCACAUUCCGUCCGUUCUGGCGCCCACUUUGCUGUAUUGUUGCACAGUAGAUAUAUCUGAUGCAACUUUUUAACGUGUACUCAUCUGUGGGAGUAAGAACUAUUUAUCAAGUGUCCAUUUCUAUGGAUGGUGCGGCACUGUAUGUUUGUAUGUGUUGUUGACGUGUCCACCUUGAUUAUAUUGUACAUAUGCAGAUGCUAUGAAGUCUAUGCUUUAGGAUGUAUUGUUUUGUACAUGAUAGCUAUUUUUUUUUUUUAUUAUUUUUUUUUUUUGCACACCUACCUCUCCUGCCUUUAUCCAUAACGUGGUGAUUUUUUCGUUAUGAUGAAUUAAUUCUACAACCAUCAUUUUUGCUUACAUGUGAAUGGGCAUAUGCAGUCAGGAAUUCGCAUGCUUGGAGGGGUCAGUUCUAUUACAUGGACCUUAAGCUGGAUAUCAAGGCAAUUGAAUAGAUUCUGAGGGGCUUUCCAUAAGUCUCAUGAGUCUCAGCAUUGUCUAUUUGGACCAAAUGACGCAUCAUGUAAUGGUGAUAGAACUAUAAUAAGCUGCAGGCGAGUAACCUUUGGCCUUGCUGAAAUGAAGAGUCCCAUGGAUGAGGCCCGGCUGACUUGAAAGUGUAAAUGUAACAAUCGGUCUUUCUGAACGCUGCUCCCUCCAUUAAACGGCCGCGCCACGAUGGACACGCCAUUAAUGAAAGUGACCGAAUCACAUACAGGCAAUUGUCAGCCGUCUUAAAGCGAAAGCCAUAAGGUUGCGUUCGGCCGUAAUGACUACAACGGCUGAUCCACCAAAAAAAAUAUCUCGUGUAAGCUCAUCAUCGUAAAUGACUCUUCCCUCAACAUUCCAGCUUCUGUUUUCACCUCAUGUAUGCGGUUUCUGUGAUUAUGCCCGUUUUGAGUGCUGUCAAUGAUUUUCUUAAAUCUCUGCCCUGUUUUAUUUUUAGCUUUGACAAUGUUGUGUAAGUCAUCAAGCUUUACUUAUGCCAUGAAUUAUUGCUGACCUUGUGAAUUUGGUUAUGUGAAUGCGUGUGUCCAGACAGUGUAGUGUUGUAGCUGAUGUGUAGUGGUUCGCUUUGCUUCUGUCUGUCACACUCUCGUGUCGUCCCUCUCUCCAUGUGCAGAAGAAUUGUACCACACCAAGGGCUCUAUUUUUGUAGACGGCACAUCUGCACAAAAGCGUGCAGAAGCCUUUGCUAAUUUGGCAGACAAAUCUCUGGCAAGCUGGGCGAGGAGGUGUCUUUGAUUGGCUAUGAAUGAAGUCGGCCUGCGCUCUUCUACAAAAUUUCAUCAGAAUUUAAUUGGUUUAAAUUGGGCAAAAAUGGGCAGAUUUUUGCUGAUUGUUUUUUUUUGUGUUCACAUUAGCACAACAUAAAAAAAGGGAAUUACACUAAAAAAAAAUUCAUUCGUAGCUUUAUUUUCUAAGAGACCAGAAAAUAAAUGAUUUCAUUUAUUGUAUAUUUUUCUUAAACUAAUCUGCCGAUUAAUCGGGUGUUGGAUUUUUUUUUUUUUUUUAUUCUGCCAAAUAUUGGAUUCGAAUUUACGCCGAUCACAAAAAUGGAGCCCUUGAGUGUAUGACGACUGAGUGUUUUUUAAAGAAAGCACAAAGGAGGACUAAGGCACACAGGAUCAUAUUUUGCUGACUGACCGUUCCAAAGGGUGUGUAGAGUCGACACACAGAUUCAAAUGUGAAAUGUCUUAAAGUUCUUUUGAAAUGAAGAAUUUCUAUUUACUGCGUUGAGGCAACAGAGGCCCGUGUGAUGGUGUGCACUAUGAGCAGUUAUCCACAGAAUAUAGAGAUAUAUUGCCUACAUAUUCUAAAUUAAUCAAAUACAAGAAUGUAACUUAGAUAGUAUUAUAAGAUGUAUUUAGUGAAUAAUUUAUCUAAAGAUUUAUCGCUUUACACAUGCACACAAAGCCAGCUCACUGAUAUGCAAUAAGUAGAAGCGGCACAUACUAGCAACAAAAAUAAACGUAUCCACCUUUUUAGGGUUUGAGCCCUUCUCACAAACUGUUCACUUCCUCCGAGAGGAAUUGUGCAUUAUAUAGCACUUAAAAAAAAAACAGCAACAAUUCCCAAUCCUACCAAUCUCCAUGUUUAUCUUCAUGUACGCUGAUUGACACAUGUUCUAUGCAUUGUUUACGAUGGCAUGGUUAAAAAAAAAAAAAAAGUUAUAGUGUUUCCUGUCACGAUUUGCUGUUCAAUAAACUGACUGUACUUAAAUCA